AUGACGCGAUUGCGAUUUCGAGCUCGCACAAUGUCGGUUGAAGAGAAGAAUCAGUCGUUAUCAGAGUCUCAAGUUGCUCUCGAAUCUAUCGACGCGCCUGGCGACGAUGCAUUGGUCAGAAAGGUGGAUCUGCGUCUGAUUCCCAUCCUUACUCUUCUAUAUCUGCUCAGCUUCCUGGACCGCACCAAUAUCGGCAAUGCAAAGACUUGCAUGUUGCGGCUCCCGUCAGCUCUCAACCUUUGGUCCUUUUACCAUACUCAUCGUCACCAGUCCUACAAUACGGCACUUGCACUUUAUUUUGUUGCCUACGUUCUGUUUGAAGUCCCGGCGAAUGUACGUAGGCUCCGUCUCAAUUUGCUGCUACUCUCUGACUAUCUCAAGAUCGUAUUGAAGCGUUUUGACCCUCAAAUUUGGCUUCCUACCUUGACGUUGGUCUGGGGAAUAGUGAGUAUCUGCCAAGGGCUGGUCAAGAAUCAGGCAGGGCUCUUUGGAAUCCGAUUUUUGCUUGGAGUCACAGAAGCUGGACUGUUCCCUGGCGUUAUAUAUGUCUUCUCAGUCUAUUAUCGUCGGCGGGAGCGUAGUAUGCGCGUUAGUAUUUUCUUCGGAGGAGCAGCAUUAGCUGGUGCAUUUGGUGGAAUCUUGGCAUUUGCUAUCGGAAAGAUGGAGGGUGUUGGGGGCCGGAAAGGCUGGGAAUGGAUCUUCAUUAUAGAAGGGGUCAUAACUGUGGCCGUUUCGUUGUUCGUUCUUCUUCUGCGUCCCGUGUUACAACUGAAGAGUGAUAGAUUGGCGUAUUUUAUCGUCCCUACUUGGUCCCAUCGCGCAACAUUUCUUACCGAGGAAGAACGUGCUCGCCUACUUGCUCGUCUCAAAACCGACUCCGAUGCGUCCCGCGAAGAAAAAUUUGAAUGGUCCUUCGUUGCGCAAGCAUUCAAGGAUCAUCUUGUUUGGGGAUAUGCAUUGUUGUUCCAUGGGUUUGCGUUUGUCUUAUACUCUUUGAGCCUGUUCUUACCUUCCAUCAUUGCUGGUCUUGGUUUCGCCAGUUGGGAAGCCCAACUCAUGACGGUUCCUCCGAACGCCCUGGCCAGCUUAUCAAUAUGGGCUACUGUCUGGGCUUCCUCGCGUGUGAAUCUUCGGGCACCGUUCAUCAUCGGUGCUGCCUUGGUUGCGAUUAUUGGCUAUAUUGUUGUUUUAACUGGACCGACUCCUGGCGCGCAAUAUGUCGGAGUUCACUUUGCAGCUGCGGGAGUGUAUACUGGAAAUGCGUUGCUUCUGAGCUGGCCUGGUGAAAAUGUGUCUGGGCAGACCAAGCGUGCGGUUGCGGUUGCCAUGCAGAUUACAAUUGGAGAUAUUGGCGCUAUCGCGGGGGUUCUGGUAUAUCGACCAGAUUUGUCAGCUCAUCGCUUUAGAAAACCGCAUAUUAUCGCUAUCGGUUAUUUACUGUUUGCAAUUCUGGUAGCCGCCUAUUUGUUCACUUGGAUGUCUCGUGAAAACAAACGGCGUGAUGCGUUGGAUGAAAAAGAAGAGUCAGAGGAAGAGGCGACUAAACUUGGAGACCGAAGCGUAAAAUACCGAUAUGUUGUUUGA